CGAAUGGUGCUACUGUAAGGUUAACAUCCAGGUUCCCUUGGUUAAGUUGCUGCAAGCCGUUUGCUAAAGAUGUAACAAGUCGAUCGCCUAGUGGAUACGUGGCUGAUGGCAUCCGACGCGGUAGACCCAGAGCAGAUACUGUCCGGGAUUUAAUAAAUGAAGGAGAGCAUUCGUCCAGCAGAAUCCGUUGUAACAUCUGUAAUAGGGUUUUUCCACGGGAGAAAUCACUCCAGGCUCACAAAAGGACUCAUACAGGUGAGAGACCCUAUCUGUGUGACUAUCCAGACUGUGGAAAAGCCUUUGUUCAAAGUGGACAGCUCAAAACACACCAGCGUCUUCAUACCGGAGAGAAGCCUUUUGUUUGUUCAGAAAAUGGCUGCCUGAGCAGAUUCACCCAUGCAAACCGCCACUGUCCAAAGCAUCCUUAUGCCAGGCUGAAGAGGGAGGAGCCCACAGACACACUCAGCAAGCACCAGGCUGCGGACAACAAGGCUGCUGCCGAGUGGCUGGCAAAGUACUGGGAGAUGAGAGAGCAGCGCGCGCCCGCCCUGAAGGGCAAGCUCGCCCAGAAGGCAGACCAAGAGCAGCAGGACCCGCUGGAGUACCUGCAGUCCGACGAGGACGACGACGAGAAAAGCGGGGCGCAGCGCCGGCUGCAGGAGCAGCGCGAGCGCCUGCACGGGGCGCUGGCGCUCAUCGAGCUGGCCAACCUGACCGGGGCGCCGCUCCGCCAGUAGCCGGACGCGGACUCUUCGCCGUACAGCGGUACUGCCCGGCGUACUUGAGCAGUAGAUCCUUGGGCAUAAGCUAAGCACCUUACUUGCUUACCAUAGGCUGCUAUUCUGUAGAAACUUAUGAAGAAUGUCAUUGCCCCAGAAUAUGGGGCGAGAGAGAAUUGCACUUUUUUAUAUGGAAAUGGAUUUGAUGUAAAGUUUAAAGUAUUUUGUAAAUAGGGACUGCACAGUACAGGGUAGAAAACUACAUAUUGUGGGAAGCUAGAUUUUGCAAGUUUAAUGAAUUCAUUGGAAGCAGUUCUCACAGGAAGCACUUUCUGAAUAAGACACUUGUGUGAAAAACAGAAUGGUACAAGUAGCCAAAGAGGGUUGAAAUAGAUUAUUUAUAAGAUCAUUUUAAACAAUGUAUAUUAGUAUGUUUAACAAUACUGUAAACACUGAAGCAAGCAAGAAAGUCGAAGAUGUGUGUCUAAGAUAGGUAUUUUAAAACUGCAAAAUAGUGUUCCCACCAAGGGCAGAGAAAUGGGAGGCUGACUAUUCUGGAAGUUGUGAACUUGGAAGACAAUAAAUAUUUGAAGAGCUUGGUAAGAUGCAUAAUAGUUCAGAAGUUUCAAAAUUGGAGUGAAAUCAGUCUUAUUCUUUCUGGGACUUUACAACUCAUUAUAAUGUUUAAGUUUGAAAAGCACUUGUCAUCCCUAGCAUGUUAAUUUGGGAACUCUUGCACAUUUCAUUUCUCAUUUGCUGAAAUUGAGUGAUUAAUCUUGCAAAGUCUAGGUAACAUGAUAAUUGGUAAUUUUUAAAAUAUAUAUUAUGGGCCCUGUAAUGAAAUUUGGCACUUGGAUUUUUGUUAUAAAAGGGACAGCUACAGGGUUGUUUUGUAGUGAAAGGUUUUAGAUACUUUGUUAGGAAACACUAAAUCGUAAUUGUACUGCUUGUUUAGAAUUACUAGCAAAUGGAAGCCUCCAUAUUUAUAUUUUCAGUGCAUAAAGCCACCUUCUUGCUUUACUUCAGAAUAACAUGCCAAGCUAUUUUUUGUUCACUAAAUUUAGCUAUCAGUGAAACACUGUAGAAAAUAUUAGCUACUCAGAUAAGUAGGCUUCUGAAAUAGUUUAACUGCAAGUGUGUUAACGUGUGUGGUGGUUUAAAACCAUUUUUCCAAACAGAUGAAGUCAUGAGAUCAGUUUAUGUGCUGAAGCAUGAAUGGAAGGAUCGAGAGCUGAGCAGACCACCUCCCUUUGUGUAGGCAGAAACUUCCACCCUUCUGGCUUCUGUUAUAAGCAGAGCUAAGUGACAUGCAUAGCAUGGUAAUCCAUGGAUUGCUUAAUUGGAGUAAAACUCAGAGUAUUAGGGGGAAAUAGGGGCUCUCCAGUGCCUUUUUAAUUUUUUGAGUUGAAGUGGUAUCCUGCAGAUACAGUUUAAAUGUAUCUGGAAUGUAGGCUUCUUUAUCCAAAAAUCCCAAUGUGUCGCAGUACACAGAUAGCUUAAAAGACGUAACCAUGGGGGAGGGCAGGUAUGUAAAUAUCUUGAAGAGGAGCAAAAGUAUGAGAGAAGACACGGUAGUUACAAAUAAUGUGUAUGAUGAGGACAUACUUUAAAAUGUAAUUCCUCUGUACAGUCAAUUACAAAUCUUUAGGAAUUUUUUUGUAAUAAGAGAAUUUAUAUUUGUAAUGGUCUAUUAAUUUUGUUUGUAAUCUGGUAUAUAGAACUUUAAGUUGGAGCACUUAUAAGCCCGGUGAGAGAGAGGAUAGGAUCUGAAUUUUCUUGGUUUAGGUUUCAACAUUUCCUCUAGAAUGGUUCCUCUCAAAUACGAUUUAAAUGAAUGAAAAGCAACACUCAUCAGUCUUGGGAAACUUAAAAUUUGAUAAACUUAACUAAAGAAGGAAAGGUAGUAAGAAAUUUUAAAAUACAAAUAUUUGCCAAUUCACAGAUGAUAAAAUUUAAGGUCUUCAAAAGUAAGGGUUUUUGUUUGUUUCUCUGGUCAGCUUUUGUCGACCCUAAUAGUUAUAUUCACAAACAUUUUAAUUUGUAAAAUUGGAACAGUUUAAGAAGUUAUUACUAUUUACUAUAGGAACAUUUAAAAUGUACUUUUUGAUAUAAGCUAUAUACUUGGACAAAAUACAUUGGUAUCUAAAAUUUGAGGUGUGUUAAGACUGCUUUUUGUUUUAAAAAAUGUGGUUUACAUUCAAAGUUUUGAAGUGUUUUAUGCUUCAUAUGGCUAAGUUGUAGUUUGGCAGAGUUAACAGCAUAACAAACAUGCUGUGAUUUAAAAAGAUGCUUUGAAUAAAAAUUUAUUUUAAUUUAAGGUUUAAA